UUUUUGUGUUGAACUUGUAUCUUUUGGAAAAGUGUGUGUAAUAUUUAAAGGAUUUUAUUAAUAAGUUUUCUUGGACUUUAAAUAAAUUAUAUAGUACGAUGGAUUGGAUACAUCGAUAUUUGUUAUUAAUAGCAGCGAUUGCGUGUUUAACGACAGCAGUUCGAAUAGAAAAGAAAAAGAAAGGUGUUACAGAUCAAUCAACGGCAGCGUCAUGGUGGACAGCUAAUGUAAAUGGUGCAGAUAUUGACGAUUCAUCAGACUUUUUCUCCGCAACACAUGGUAUUUUACAAACUCAUCCGUCAUUAGGCGGUGGUGGUGGAUCACGUAGUAGUGGUCCCACAGUAGGUCCAGCCUCAAUACGUGGACCAAUACGUGCAUCAGUAUCACCAAAUACGAACUCACCAUUUAGACAUUUAGAUUUCCGUACUAGUGCAACAGCUGAGUUACGAAGAAAUCCAUCAUUGUCAGCACCCGAUGAAUGUGCUCGGGCAUGUCGCGAAGGCGAACCACCAAGAAUAUGUUAUUAUCAUUUCACAUUAGAAUAUUACACAGUAUUAGGAGCAGCUUGCCAAGUGUGCACACCAAAUGCAACAAACACGGUAUGGAGUCAUUGUCAAUGUGUAUUAGCUGACGGUGUUGAACGUGGUAUAUUAACAGCAAAUCGUAUGAUACCAGGUCCAAGUAUACAAGUAUGUGAAAACGAUAAAGUUGUUAUCGAUGUUGAGAAUCAUAUGGAAGGUAUGGAAGUAACAAUCCAUUGGCAUGGUGUAUGGCAACGUGGUUCACAAUAUUACGAUGGUGUACCAUAUGUAACACAAUGUCCAAUUCAACAAGGUAACACAUUCAGAUAUCAAUGGACCGCAAGUAAUGCGGGUACACAUUUCUGGCAUGCCCAUACUGGUUUACAAAAAAUGGAUGGUUUACAUGGAAGUAUUGUUGUACGACAAGCACCAUCAAAAGAUCCAAAUAGUCACUUAUACGAUUACGAUUUAACUACACAUGUUAUGAUGUUAACCGAUUGGUUCCAUGAAGAUGCUGCUGAACGUUUCCCAGGACGUUUAGCUGUUAAUACUGGUCAAGAUCCAGAAAGUUUGUUGAUCAAUGGAAAAGGACAAUUUAGAGAUCCAAAUACUGGUUUUAUGACAAACACACCUUUAGAAAUAUUUACAAUGACACCGGGUAGACGUUAUCGAUUCCGUAUGAUCAAUUCAUUCGGUUCUGUUUGUCCAGCACAAUUAACAUUCCAAGGGCAUACUUUAACCGUUAUCGCUACUGAUGGUGAACCAGUUCAUCCUGUUGAUGUUAACACAAUUAUUUCAUUCUCUGGUGAACGUUACGAUUUUGUAAUAAAUGCGGAUCAACCUGUGGGAGCAUAUUGGAUUCAAUUACGAGGUUUAGGUGAAUGUGGUGUAAAACGUGCACAACAAUUAGCUGUAUUACGUUACGCCCGUGGGCCAUAUCAACCAGAUACAGCAGCACCACAAUACGAUUUUGGUCUCCCACAAGGAGUGGUAUUAAAUCCAUUAGAUGCAAGAUGUAAUGAAGAACGUAAUGAUGCAGUAUGUGUGAGUCAAUUAAAGAAUGCACGUGCUGUUGAUGAAGGCAUUCUACAAGAACAACCACAUGUGAAAAUAUUUUUACCAUUCCGUUUCCAUGUUUAUACACCAGAAGAUUUAUUUGCACCAAAUACAUACAAUCGUCAUUUAGUUGCUCCAAAUGGUGAUCAUGUUAUUAGUUUAAUUGAUGAAAUCUCUUAUUUGUCACCACCAUCGCCUAUGAUUUCACAGUAUGAUGAUAUUGAUCCAGAACAAUUUUGUAAUGGUGAUAAUCGACCUGCAGAUUGUGGAGUAAAUUGUAUGUGUACUCAUAAAGUUGAUAUUCCAUUAAAUGCGAUUGUUGAAAUUGUUCUCGUUGACGAAGUACAACAACCAAAUUUAAGUCAUCCAUUCCAUUUGCAUGGUCAAGCAUUUAACGUGAUUGGUGUUGGUCGAUCACCCGAUACAAACGUGAAAAAGAUCAAUUUAAAACACGCCUUAGAUUUAGAUCGUAGAGGUCUUUUACACAGACAAUACAAUUUACCACCAGCUAAAGAUACAAUCGCUGUACCAAACAAUGGUUACGUUGUAUUAAGAUUCCGUGCUGAAAAUCCCGGUUUUUGGUUAUUCCACUGUCACUUUUUGUUCCACAUUGUAAUUGGUAUGAAUCUUGUAUUACAAGUGGGAACACACGCCGAUUUACCACCAAUACCACCAGGUUUCCCAACAUGUGGAGAUCAUUUACCACCUAUUCCACUUAAUUAGAUGAUUCCUAGAUAUUAAAUAUUUGUAUUAAAUGUAAUUUUCUUUGUUUCAGUUUUAAGUUAGUUUUUUUAAGUAUUAAUAAAUUUUUUUUUGUUACCAUCGUUAACUUAAAACUGUUACAAUCAAGAGAUAGAAAUUGGAUGAAUUUACAGGAAAAGACGUAACUUUUUUUAUAUUUUUUGUGUAUUUAUUUGUAAAACGUUUUUUAUUUUUUGAUAGUUGCUAUGUUUUUAAUUGGUGCUCUCCUCAACAUCGUAUGAAUGCGAAAUGUCUGAUUUUUUUUAAUGUUUUAUAUUAAUUUUUUAUGUUUUGUAUUAUUUUU